GGCCUGCUCUGCCGGCCCCCGGGAAGGCCUAGGGGCAAGGCAGGGGAUGAGACAGGGGUACCGCUGCCGGCUUUGCUGUGGGUAAAUGUUUUUAUCGUCUGCGUCUUUCCCACUCUCCUCCUGGUGGCGAUUAAGGUGGUGUGUAAACAGGUUCUGGUGUUCCCUAAAACAAACUUGAAACGGACCGAGCCGCUUUCCUGAGCGCUGCCUCCCCCAGAAGGGAGACGGCCUUCCCCGGCCCGCUGUGGCUGCCGUUCGAAGCAGUGGCAUGAAGCUCACCCGGCUGGGGAACGUGCAGGUGACAAACAGCAUGUUUGGUGCUUCAAGGAAGAAGUUUGUAGAGGGGGUUGAUGGUGACUACCAUGAUGAGAACAUGUACUACAGCCAAUCAUCGAUGUUCCCACAUCGGUCAGAAAAAGAUAUGCUGGCAUCACCAUCGACAUCAGGUCAGCUGUCUCAGUUUGGGGCAAGUUUAUACGGGCAACAAAGUGCACUAGGCCUUCCAAUGAGGGGGAUGAGCAACAAUACCCCUCAGUUAAAUCGCAGCUUAUCACAAGGCACUCAGUUACCGAGCCACGUAACGCCAACAACAGGGGUACCAACAAUGUCACUUCACACGCCUCCAUCUCCGAGCAGGGGGAUAUUGCCUAUGAAUCCUAGGAAUAUGAUGAACCACUCCCAGGUUGGUCAGGGCAUUGGAAUUCCCAGCAGGACAAACAGCAUGAGCAGUUCAGGGUUAGGCAGCCCCAACAGAAGCUCUCCAAGUAUAAUAUGUAUGCCAAAGCAGCAACCCUCUCGACAACCUUUUACUGUGAACAGUAUGUCUGGAUUUGGGAUGAACAGAAAUCAGGCAUUUGGAAUGAAUAACUCCUUAUCGAGUAAUAUUUUUAAUGGAACAGAUGGAAGUGAAAAUGUGACAGGACUGGACCUCUCAGAUUUUCCAGCACUAGCAGACAGAAACAGAAGGGAAGGAAGUGGCAAUCCAACUCCAUUAAUAAACCCUUUAGCUGGAAGGGCACCCUAUGUUGGGAUGGUAACAAAACCAGCAAGUGAGCAGUCCCAAGACUUUUCAAUACACAAUGAAGACUUUCCAGCAUUACCAGGCUCCAGCUACAAAGACCCGACAUCAAGUAAUGAUGACAACAAAUCUAAUUUGAGUACAUCAGGCAAAACAUCAUCCAGCACAGAUGGGCCCAAGUUUCCUGGAGACAAAAGUUCAACUACGCAAAACAACAACCAGCAGAAAAAAGGGAUCCAGGUGUUACCUGACGGUCGGGUUACCAACAUUCCUCAAGGGAUGGUGACGGACCAGUUUGGAAUGAUUGGCUUGUUAACAUUCAUCAGGGCAGCAGAGACAGAUCCAGGAAUGGUACAUCUUGCAUUAGGAAGUGAUUUAACAACACUAGGUCUCAAUCUCAACUCUCCUGAAAAUCUUUAUCCCAAAUUUGCAUCACCCUGGGCAUCAUCACCAUGUCGACCUCAAGACAUAGACUUCCAUGUUCCAUCUGAGUACUUAACUAACAUUCACAUUAGGGAUAAGCUGGCUGCAAUAAAACUUGGCCGAUAUGGAGAAGAUCUCCUGUUUUAUCUCUAUUACAUGAAUGGAGGAGAUGUAUUACAGCUAUUAGCAGCAGUAGAGCUAUUUAACCGGGAUUGGAGAUACCACAAAGAAGAGCGAGUAUGGAUCACCAGGGCACCCGGCAUGGAGCCGACGAUGAAAACCAACACCUACGAGAGGGGAACAUAUUACUUCUUUGACUGUCUUAACUGGAGGAAAGUAGCUAAGGAGUUCCAUCUGGAAUAUGACAAAUUAGAAGAAAGGCCUCAUCUGCCAUCAACCUUCAACUACAACCCUGCUCAGCAAGCCUUCUAAAGACUUCCCUUUUCUUGGGGUAUGGCUGUCUCAGCACAAUACUCAACAUAACUGCAGAACUGAUGUGGCUCAGGCAUCUGGUUUUAAUUCCUUGAGGAUCUGGCAAUUGGCUCAUGCGAAGGGUCACCAUUUGAGGCCCUGCCUUACUAAUUAUGUGCUGCCCAACAACUAAAUUUGGAAUUGGUUUGGGUUCUUUUUUUUUCUUUCUUUAGUUUGAGCAGAGUCUGAAUUUUUGUUUCUGUUUCUUUGGGUUUUUUUUCCUUUUAUUUUGUUUUUUUGGGGUUUUUUUUUGCCAGCAGACAAGCUUGGGUCUGUAAAGACUAAAAGUUUACCACUUAGCUUUUCCAAAAUGUUAAAAAAAGCAAACACAAAAACCAAACCAAACAAUAAGACAAAGGAAAAAAAAAGAGAAAGAAAAAAGGAAGGAAGGAAAAGAAAACAGGAAGGACAAAAAAUCAGGAAGGAAAAAACAAGCAGAGAAAAACAAGGAAGGAAGGAAAAAAUGAGGAAGGAAGGAAACAAAAACCAGGAAGGAUGGAAAAAAACCAAGGAAGGAAAAAACAAGGAAGAUAAAAAUCAAGGAAGGAAAAAAUCAAGGAGGGAAAAUACAAGGGAGGAAAAACAAGGAAGGAAGGAGAGAAACAAGGAAGGAAAAAAUCAAGGAGGGAAAAUACAAGGAAGGAAGGAGAGAAACAAGGAAGGAAAACAUCAAGGAGGGGAAAAAAUGAGGAAGGAAAGAAUCAAAGAAGGAAAAAAUCAGGGAAAAAACCAAGGAAGGAAUAAAAAGGAAAGAAAGACUCAAGGAGGGAAAAGAGCUAGAAAGGAAAAACAAGGAAGGAAAAAAAACCCAAGGAAAAAAUCAAGGAAAGGGGGGAAAAAAAGAAGAAAGAGGAACAAAAGGAAGGAAAGAAUGAAAAGGAAGGAAUAAAAUUAGACAAGAAAAUUCACCUU